AUGAAUUGGGAUAGCAUCUGCUAUGACGCCGCCGCAUUCACAGCUGGUCUAUUUCUCCUCGAAUACGGUGCUGAUCGUUUCAUCGACCAUACUGCUAUCGUCGCGCGUCAACUUGGAGUCUCACAGACAUUGGUAGCCUUGCUCACAGCAGGUGCAGAAUGGGAAGAGCUUGCUGUCGUUGUAGCAUCCAUUCUCCAAGGCCGCUCCCCGCUCGCACUAGGCAAUAUCAUCGGCUCCUCAAUCUCAAACAUUCUAGGAGCAUUCUCCCUGGGUCUCGUCUUUCAUCCGGGCCGAAUAGCAUUUGAUCGAAGCGCGAAAAUAUACACAGUCUUACUCUUUCUCGUUACAUCGAAUUUUACAGUUGUCGCUCUGACGAAAAAUUUGGGUAGGCUCGCCGGAGGCAUUUUCAUUGGAGUAUUUGCUUUAUAUCUGGUUUCGGUUAGCUAUGUGAUUUACAAGGGCGUGUUGUCUGUACCAGAAGACUCGGAUAGCGACGACAGCGACGAUGAUGGGAGCAAUGAGGGCAACAGCGCAGAGGUACAGCACGACCAUCCUCCGGCUGAAAUAACACCUCUUCUUCCUAACAACGCUAGUAGAGAGCGUUCUGCACACGGUUGGAAACAUACUCUUAUAUAUCAUAUUGCCCAGCUCAUCCUCGGCUUCAUAGCACUGUCACUAUCAGGCUAUGUUCUUUCACACAGCGCAGCUUCGAUCGCUGAUGCAUUCGACCUAUCUGGCACAGUCCUCGGCGUUACAGUCUUGUCAUUUGCUACUACAUUACCUGAAAAAUUCGUUGCUGUCAUCAGUGGUACUCGGGGACAUGGCGGUAUCGUUGUUGCAAGUACAGCGGGAAGUAAUAUAUUCCUUCUCACCUUGUGUCUUGGGAUUACGCUCGUGGCUGGGAAUCAGAAAGAGCUUGCAGACUCUCUAAUACCGUUCGAGCUGCUUGUUACUUGGGCAUCAUCUGCGCUGUUUCUCCUGAUUGUGCUCUUGGGAUCAAGGCGGUGGAUUGGUGGAAUGCUACUAAUAUUAUACCUUACAUUCAUAGUUCUAGAGUUCACUAUGUAUAGAAGAUGA